AUGUGUGACAAAACGGUACUUAGGUCAUUGGUGGUGGCGGCGGCGUUAGCGUGCGUCGCAGCGCGUCCAGAACCACCAACGUCGUACGGCGCUCCUUCAACAUCUUAUCGAGCACCAUCUUCAUCAUAUGGUGCACCAGCGCCUCAGUAUGGGCCGCCGCAACAGCCCAUAGUUCACAAACACGUAUACGUGCAUGUGCCUCCUCCGGAUAACGAGAUACCGCGUCCACAGAAACAAAUCCACGUACCUCCGCCUCAAAAACAUUACAAGAUAGUGUUCAUCAAGGCACCGACUCCACCGACACCGACCGCACCUAUCAUUCCUGUGCAACCACAAAACGAGGAAAAGACCCUCGUCUACGUUUUAGUGAAGAAACCCGAAGAACAGCCUGAUAUUGUGAUCCCAACGCCAGCUUCUACUCCACCCGCCAAGCCAGAGGUGUACUUCAUCAGAUACAAGACACAGAAACAAGAGGGCUAUCCACCAGCGAAAUCUCCAGCACCUCAAUAUGGACCGCCGGCUUCUGCACCAUCUUCGGAAUACGGUGCACCCUCUGGCGGCAGUUCAUAUUAA